AUGCCUCUACAGCUACAUUUUCAGACACUUCCUUUCUUCCUUCUUAACCAGGACUUCUUCAUGCCUGCUGCACUGCCAAGGGCACUUCUGGACUCCUCCGUCGUCUCAUCUUACCUUAGGAGCACCUUUGGAGAAGCAGUGCAUUUGCAGGUAUUCCUCGGGGUGGGACUUGCCCUUCUUUGCUUCUGCCUUCUGCUUGGGUGUGCGAUAUGCUGGCAUCAACGCAAGAAGAACCACCUCGAGGAAGGCAAGGCGCAAGCAGAGGAUCGGACUCUGGUGGACUUGGGCCUGGUUUUGCCUUCGCAAGCUACAACAGCUGUGGCUAUCCAGAAGCAGUACGUAGAAAUAGAAGGAGAUGUUCUGGGGGUGCCAUCUCCCACAGCCAGUGUUCAUUCUCUAGGCUCAUCUGGCCCCAAGAGUCCACCCCAAAACAUUCGUCGUGGCCGGGCUUCCCUCCCCAGCAUCCCCAUAUCUCAGAAGCUGAGCCUGCCAGUCAAGGUGCCACAAGGCCGGAAGCGCCGGUGUACCAUCUCUGGAGAGAGCAUCUUUGGGGAUGAGAGCAGUCUUCUCUCCCGCCCCAUCCUGGGUACCAGCAUCCCUCAGUCUUACACCAUCCCAAGAGGCCUCUCUGGUGCCACUAUGAAGCCAAGGCCUCACCUCCACUUCACCCUGUUCUACUCGCAAGCUGAGGCCUUGUUGACCGUGACGGUGAUUGGCGUCUCCCACCUGCCCAAGGGUCUCCGGUCUAGUCGGAAUUCCUAUGUCAAAGUCUACCUCCUUCCAAAGUUUGUUGAGCCUCAACGUACAUCCUUGUGCCGGAAAAGCCUGAAUCCGGAAUUUCAUGAGCAGUUCUACUUUGGGCGCUACAGCCUGGAAGAGCUGCAGAGCCUGACUUUGCGUUUUGCUGUGUACGCCAAGGAGUUCCACCACCUCAAAGACUCCUUCCUGGGGGAGGUUAUGUUCCCAUGCGCCCAAGCCACCUGGACGCCGGGUGUUUCCUUGGCCUACACGCAGGAGCUGUCGACCACCAAAACCAAACUCAAAAAGUGUUUCAGUUCUCAGGACAUGCGCUUCUCCCCUUCAUUCUCUCAGCCCAAGUCUAUGGGGCAGCUCUUCAUCCUGCUUCAGUACCAAGCUCUGGCCAACCGUAUCAAAGUUCUGAUUCGCAAGGCAGAGAAUCUGGGACGGCUCACCCGCAUCCCUGGCACUCCAGACCACUACGUUGUGAUCCAACUGUAUCAUGACGGGAAGGUCCUGGAUACCAAGGAGACCAAGUCCAUAGCGGGAUACAAUCCGGUGUGGAACACCCCAUUCCUUUUCAGUAUUCCUGCGGGAGACAUCCAGGAACAGCAGCUGGCCUUGGAGUUCACCAUCAUGCAGGCUCGCCUUUACACCCGCAGUUGUGUUGUGGGUCGGGUGCUGAUCGGCCCUCAUGCCCCAGAGAUGGGGCAAGUCCAUUGGAAAGAAAUGUGCAGCCGGGGAAAUGUGGAAUCUGCCCGGUGGCACUCAAUCCAACCUCCAGGCUUUCCCCUCUCCCCUUGAUGCACAGACCCAAAGUUUCCUGCUGGGGCGAUGUUGCCUGUUGUGUUAAAUGGUGGCCAUAGUGUCAUGGCAUGGGUGGCUCCUUGUAACAUGAGAAACCCUGGAGCCGAAGGACUUUUCCACCACGGGUGGCCCAGGGGAUCUUGAGAGAAGGUGGGCAUUACCUGUAAGAUAAGUGGAGUCCCAAUGACAGAUUACUUUGAGAAUGAACCAGACGAGGGGAAUGAGAAAUCUAAGCCAGUUCCAAAUGCCGUCAAGCCAAUUCUGAAUGCUUUUGUGUGAGGAAAAUAUCUGGGUUAAAAGAUCAAUCUGUAAUCUGGAAAACGUGAGCCAAGGAAGCCGGAAAAGAGCAAGCACACCAUGAUUUGUGCUCCAGCACUGUAUUUCUUCCUCUGCAAAGCCGGUUCAUUCUCCUCAAAUGCACUGACCUCAAAUUCAAGAUCCACUGCAGCAACUUUUUUGGAGGAUUACAUCAUCAGCCCAACUCUUGGCCGACAGCUAUAAAUGAACAGAGAACUGCAUCAGCAAAACUGAACUUGGACUGCAUUUGCAGGCAGGCUCAAGGGACUGAAGCUGCUAGAAGUAGGAUGCUGGCUGGACUAUUGCUGCUGCAGUAUGGAUAUUUUGUACCACUUGGUUGCUGCAGAACCAACUGUUUUGGAAAGGAGAAUAAUGAGUGCAAAGGGGGAUGUCAGAUUGACAAUAAAAGGGACCCUGGACUGUGCAAAGUCAGUAGCCUUGUUGAAAGGCUACUUGGGGUGACUGUAUCACUGGGAAGUUACCAGUUAUUAAUAACUAGCUAUUUGGAAUUGGCUUCCUUUUUCCAACUGAGAAAGGUAUAAUUAUAUUACCACUGUAACUUAACAAUGAUCAACAUUAUAACUAUUUUUAUAGUUACAGGAUGUGGUCUUACUACACGAUGGUUCAAGUGCUGGCUUAUAUAUAACCCUGCCUUUUGCUCAUUGUGAGUAUUGCAAUGACAAAGUCGGUGGCGGUCCUCUUGUAACGCAAGCCAGUCACUUUUAGAUUUUUUUUAAAGUAGUGAAAAACCUUAGAGGAACAGCAGUGUUACUUUUUUUUAAUGUACUGUAAUUGUAAUGGUAACUGAUGAUCUUGUAACCUGGAGCUAUAAAAGUAACUUCCCAAACUCUGGUUGUAAUGCUGAGGAUAGAGGGGCACUAGAAAUCCAUAUAGCUG